AUGGAAACUGCUAUCAAAUUAUUAGAGCAACAUAAUCAAUUGCUGUUGUGUGAUCACCUAAAAAAAUUUCCUUUGCAUCAUUUUGAUAAUUCGUAUUUGAACAAUUUGGAACUUUUUUUAAAAAAAAUGAAUGAGAUUAAGAAUUUAGAAGAAAAAAAAGAAGACGAAUAUAUAACUUAUUUACCAAAUUAUAUAGACAUUAAUAGCAUUUAUGAUUGUAAAAAUCCAGAAAAUGGAAGUAUAUUUAUAAAUAUGUAUAAAAAAGAAUGUGCACUUAAUGAGUUGAAAUGUUUAGGUUUAGAUGUUAUAAAAAAAAAUGAAGUUGCUGUCUUAUUUUUAUCAGGAGGAUUAGGAUCAAGAUUAGGUUUAAAUAAAGCAAAAGGAUUAUUAGAAGUAACUCCAUUGUUGAAUAAAACAUUUUUUCAAAUAUAUUUUGAACAAAUUAAAUAUUUAGAAUCAUUUUGCUCUUUCAAUGAUAAAACAGAAACCCUAAAGUCUUCAGAAAAUGAAAAUAGGAAUUAUCAUAGUAUCAAUCAUAAUGAAUAUGAAGUACUGGGUAGAAAUAAUAAUGAUAAAGAUAGUUAUAAUAAAAAUAAUAUUUACAUAAAUAGUUCAAAUAUUAAUAAUAAAAAUAACAAUAGUUUUUUCAGUCAAAAUAUUAAUUGUAUAAAUUCUACAAAGCCCUCUCAAUCAAAGGAUAUCCAAAAUAGUACUAUUUUGAAUAAUUCCUAUGGUCAAAAAAAGAAUAAUGAAAAAGUUUCUAUACACAUAUAUAUAAUGACAUCUAAUUAUACACAUGAUAAAAUAGUUAAGUACCUAGAAGAAAAUAAAUUUUUUGGUUUAAGAAAAGAAAAUGUUUUGAUUUUUAAGCAAUGUGAUAAUUAUUCCACUGAUUUCGAUUAUAAUAUUAUUUUAUCGAGUCCAAAUAAGCUACUGGCAAACCCAGCAGGUAAUGGUGAUGUAUUCAGAGCAAUAUAUAAAAAUGGUAUAAUUGAAGAUAUGGUAAAUAAAAAUAUAAAAUAUAUUCAAAUUGUAAGUAUUGAUAAUGUGUUAAAUAAAAUUGCAGAUCCUGUAUUAAUUGGAUUUUGCUCUUUUUAUCGCUGUGAUAUUGCUAAUAAAUCAGUUAAAAGAAGAGAGGAUGAAUCAAUGGGUGUUUUCUGUUUAAGAGAGAAAAAAAACAAAGAAAACUCAGAUAAGCAAUACAAUCCUUUUUCAGUUUGUGAAUAUACAGAAAUACCUAAAUAUAUUUCAAAGAAUUCAAGAUUAUUUGAAUAUGGAAAUAUAUGCCAUCAUAUGUUUUCUUUUGAUUUUUUACAUUAUAUAGUUAAAAAUAAAAUAUAUGAUAAAAUGAAAUUACACAAAAUUACAAGGGAAAAAGAAUAUUAUGAUUUAUGUUUAAAAAACAAAAAAAUGAAUCCAGUAGUUAAUAGUUUUGCGUAUUGCUAUGAAUAUUUUGUUUUUGAUGUAUUUAAAUAUGCUAAGAAAAUUUUAUCUUUUGAGAUUUCUAGAGAUAAAGAAUUUAUUCCGAUAAAAAGUAAUUAUAAAGGUGAUAGUAUAUUAGAAGCUCAAAGAAGUUUAAGUAAUUUGCAUAAAUCAUGGCUUAUAAAUCAGAAUUUUAAUAUAAUUGAUAAUGAAGAUGAAAAACUUAAUUUUUGUGAAAUAUCUCCUCUUGUUUCAUAUGAUGGAACUUUUUUUUUUGAUUUACCAAAAUAUAAAAAUAUUUAUUUGCCGUAUGCUCUAGAUAAAAGUUCUCAUUAA